CAGUAGAGUGUUUUUUUUUUUUGGGUGUAAAGUUGAGGACCAGUUUUGGUGAGCAUUCCACUAAAAUACUAGGGAAAAAAUCCAUCACCUUGACUUGUUAUAGCAGGUUUUCUUUAAUGUUUUUUAAGAAAUUAAUUAGCAUGUGCGUUGCACAUGCUUCAUAAAAGACAAAAGGCGCAUGGGGCACCUGGUGCACUGUAGACGUUGUCUGCCACCUACCAAAAAUUCUCAAUUUCUGAAAAUUUCGUUCAGUUCUGGGUUUCAUGAAAUCUCUUCCCGUUGUGCUUCUGAUAAACCUCUAACUUCUUCAAUUCCGGAAAUGCCCCUACUGAAACCUCAUAUUCCCAAGCCCUCUUCCUUCGCCUGUGCUCCCUCCGACACCCUGCUCGCAGAAAAAGCAAUCACAUACCUCAAACGCCAUCCCCACAAUCUCAAUUCACUCUCUUCCUGUUUUACCCCCGAGGCAGCCUCCUAUUUACUCCAAAAGUCCCAAUUCGACCAGCCCCUAACCCUCAAGUUCCUCAGUUGGGCUCGAAACCAUGGUUUCUUCACCUUCCAAUGCAAGUGCGUCGCCCUCCACAUCCUCACUCGCUUCAAGCUGUACAAGAGCGCCCAAGCCCUCGCCGAGGACGUUGCCCUCAAUUCCAUCGACGACGGGGGCAAUUUGGUCUUUCAGUGCCUCAGCGACUCUUUGCAUAUCUGCAAUUCGAGCUCGGCGGUUUUUGACUUGGUGGUGAAGUCUUACUCUCACUUGAAUUUCAUUGAUAAGGCUCUGAAUAUUGUUCAUUUAGCCAAAGUUCAUGGAUUUAUGCCUGGUGUGCUUUCAUAUAAUGCAAUUUUAGAUGCAAUAAUUAGGUCAAAAGGGUCUGUUCAAUUUGCUGAGGAGGUGUUUAGUCAGAUGAUUAGGAAUGGGGUCUCCCCGAAUGUUUAUACUUACAACAUUUUGAUUAGGGGUUUUAGUGGAGCAGGGAAUUUGAAAAUGGGGCUGUACUUUUUUGGUGAAAUGGAAAGAAAUGGAUGUCUGCCGACUGUGGUUACUUACAAUACGUUGAUUGAUGCAUAUUGCAAAUUGAAAAAGAUUGAUCAGGCAUUUGAACUGUUGAGAUCGAUGGCGUUGAAGGGUUUGGAGCCAAAUUUGAUUUCGUAUAAUGUGGUAAUCAAUGGGUUGUGUCGAGAAGGGAGGAUGAACGAGACAAGUCAGGUUCUCGAGGAGAUGAAAAGAAAAGGUUUUGUUCCUGAUGAGGUGACUUGUAAUACACUUAUUAGUGGGUAUUGCAAGGAAGAUAAUUUUCACCAAGCACUUGUUCUGCAAGAGGAGAUGCGGAGGAAUGGCUUGUCUCCAAAUGUUAUCACUUAUACAGCAUUGAUUAAUGCUAUGUGUAAGGCUAAGAAUUUGAAUCGAGCAAUGGAGUUUUUCGAUCAGAUGCGUGUUAGGGGACUUCAUCCAAAUCAGAGGACGUAUACUACAUUGAUUGAUGGAUUCUCCCAACAGGGGUUCUUAACUGAAGCUUAUGAUGUUCUGAAGGAAAUGAUUGGGAAUGGAUUCUCACCUUCGGUUGUGACUUACAAUGCACUUAUCAAUGGAUACUGCUUAUUGGGGAGAAUGGAAGAUGCCAUUGGAAUCCUACAAGAUAUGACAGGGAAAGGGUUGCCCCCUGAUGUCGUAAGUUAUAGUACUAUUAUAACUGGGUUUUGUCGGCAUCAGGAAUUGGAGAGCGCAUUUAGAAUGAAGCUGGAGAUGGUGGAGAAGGGUGUAUCACCUGAUGCUGUUACCUAUUCAUCACUCAUUCAAGGUGUCUGCCAGCAAAGAAGACUAGUUGAAGCUUGUGCUCUAUUCAAAGAAAUGUUGAGUAUGGGUAUGCCUCCUGAUGAAUAUACAUACACAACAUUGAUCAAUGCUUACUGUGUGGAAGGUGAUUUAAAUAAGGCUCUUCAGUUGAAUGAUGAAAUGAUACAAAAAGGUUUCCUACCUGAUGUUGUUACCUAUAGUGUGCUUAUUAAUGGACUUAACAAACAAGCUAGGACGAGGGAAGCAAAGAGGCUUCUGCUCAAGUUGUUCUACGAGGAGUCUGUACCUGAUGGUGUCACAUAUAAUACACUAAUAGGGAACUGCACUAAUGGUGAAUUUAAGAGUGUGGUAGCCCUUGUAAAAGGAUUCUGUAUGAAGGGUUUGAUGAAUGAAGCAGACCAAGUUUUUGAGACAAUGGUUGAGAGGAGACACAAGCCUAACGAAGCAGUUUAUGAUGUUAUUAUUCAUGGUCAUUGUAAGGGUGGAAAUGUUCAGAAGGCAUAUCAUUUGUACAAGGAAAUGUUGCAUUCUGGAUUUGUUCCGCAUGCUGUGACGGUUAUUGCGCUGGUUAAAGCACUUUUCACGGAGGAGAUGAACAAUGAAUUGAGUCAAGUCAUAGGGAACACACUGAGAAGCUGUCAGCUUUCUGAUGCUGAACUUGCAAAACUACAUGUUGAUAUCAACCAUAAAGAAGGAAAUAUGGAUGAAGUUUUUAAUGUGCUUAGUGACAUGGCUAAGGACGGCCUCCUUCCAAAUAGUGGAGUAAGAGCCUCUGCAGGGGGAUAAAUAAUGGCAAACAUUAUCUUAUUAAAGGGAGAAAAAAUAAUGGCAAACAUUAUCUUAUUUCGGCAGGCAAAGUAAAUGAUGAAUAGCAUGUCGAAAUGCACAAUCACCUUGAUUGUGAUUAUUGUCAGAUAAAAUACUUCAGUGCUAUAGUGGCUUGCUCAAAUGAGUCUGAAGCAAUUGGAAGUGACACUUUUGGCUCUUAUACGGAACAAGAAGAUGAACUUCUUCUUCAAGAACUGGGAAAGAAGACAAAACUGUAGGGGCAAUAUCUGCCAUGUUUAUGGAGAACAAAAUGUGGUAGCAGAUGCUCUUUCCUGUUUGGGAUCUCUCUUUGUUUCCGUUUUUGUAUUUUGGGGUCUCGCUCUCCUCUAGUGUUGCAAGCCUUGUGGCUGAGGAUGCUUUUGGUUUCCCCUGCAUAGGGACGUCCUAGUAAUGGUCUUUCUUGUUGUAAUCGAGGGUGCUUUCCGAUCACAAUACCAUUUCAAGGUACUUAGUUUGUAUUCAUAAUUGGGUUUUAAAUUUUCAAGAGUAAGCCGAGUGAUUUCGUUCAUUCAAUUCGUUGUUGUUGCACGUCUAGGGAACAAGCCAAAUGGUUAAGUUUAUCUUUCUCAUUUGUUAUAUAUAUAUAUAUAUAUUUCUUCUUAUUUUAGAAGUGGCUAUAAAAGGUCCGUUGCUUGAGCUGGGUUCCGGCUUAAAGCUGAAAGGCUUCAUUCCUUUUGCCCGACUGAACUAGUUUGAUGGAAGCUCGGACUUAGACCAGAUCGAUGUUGAGCCGCCCGUGUCAUAUCAUGGUGGCAUGGCAUAUCUCUCAGUGCAUUUGCUAAACAGUUCAUUAUGUUUGGUUCAUUAGGCGUGAUGAAAAUCCUAUCAAUCUCUUUGGCCUGCCAUCUUUUGAUGUCAUUGCUGUUCGGGGCUGUAGUUGGUUCCCAGCUGUUUCUUUAAAAGAACUCUUUGUAUUCCGCUAAGGAUGAGAAUUCCCAGUUGAAAGCCAUUGAUUUUGGCUUAUUAGAUUUUGCCAAACCAGAUGAGAGGCUUAAUGAUAUUGUUGGAAGCGCAUACUACGUCACCCUUGAGGUUCUACAUAGAACUUAUAGUACAGAGCCUGAUGUUUGGAGUAUAGGUGUAAUAUCAUAUAUUCUUUUAUGUGGUAGUCGCCCAUUUUGGGCACGGACUGAGUCUGGGACUUCUCGGGCGGUGUUGAAAGCUGAUCCCAGUUUUGAUGAAGCACUUUGGCCUUCUUUAUCUCUUGAAGCAAAUUAUGUUGUUAAACGCUUGUUGAACAAGGACCCUCAGAAAUGAAUGACAGCAGCGCAGGCUUUAAGUCAUCCUUGGAUGAGGAAUUAUAACGAUGUAAAAGUGCCUCUUGAUAUUUUAAUAUUUAGACUCAUGAAGGCUUAUAUGUGAUCGUCAUCCCUUUGAAAGGCUGCUUUAAGGGCCUUAUCUUGACUGUGGAUAAUUCUUUUAUCUGAAGGAGAAGUUUGCACUGUUGGAUCUCAUUGCAUCAGUAAUAAAUUGCUAAAUGCACUUCAAUACAGAAGAAUGGAUUUUGAAGAGUUCCGUUCCACUGCAUUAAGUGUUCAUCAGCUUGAGGCACUUGAUCGUUGGGAACAACGUGCUUGAUGUGCAUGUGAACUUUUUGAGAAGGAUGCAAAACAGAGCAAUUGUCAUUGAAGAACUUGCUUCAGUAAGUUGAAAUUUUAAUGCUGCAUUUUGAAAUCUUGCUAUAAAUGAAAUAAACAGUUUGAUAACA